AUGGGAGAAUACCAGAAGAAAUACAAUUUCUCAAAUCACUCAAAAGUGCUAAACUUAUCCCAAAAUAGCUUCUCUGGCCAAAUUCCAUUAGCACUUGAGAACCUAAAAGACCUCGAGUCUUUGGACCUCUCGCAGAACAAACUUUCCGGGAAGAUUCCUCCUCAACUUACAAGUCUAACUUUCCUGGAAGCACUAAACCUGUCUUACAACCAACUUGAAGGGAGCAUACCACAAAGCAACCAAUUCAAUACAUUUUCAAAUGAUUCUUACAAAGGGAAUCUUAGAUUAUGCGGGCCGCCUUUGUCAAGGAAAUGCAAUGAAGUUGGUGUUCCGGUGCCCCUUCCAAAGAAAGAUGUAGAUUCAUUGGUAGAUGGUAUAUCUGUUUGGAAAAUUGCAUUGAUCGGUUAUGGCAGUGGACUGGUCAUUGGUUUAUGUAUGGGAUAUACAGUGCUGAAUGAGUUCGGAAAUAUAUGGCUAGACAAAUUCAAAAAGAAAGGGAAAAGGAACAAGAGAAGCAUCAAAAUUCAUGUCAAUGGUUUGAGAAGAUACAAGGGCCGGCAGGCUGCUGUUUGUUACCUAUUCCAUGGAAAAGAAAGCAUGGAUUGCCAGGAUGCAUCACAGGUAAAUGACUUUUCCCCCUCCACUUCAAGUCCUUGCAUGAGAGGACAUAGACAGCGAUGUCUAAAAUGA